AUGGCAAAUCGUUCUGGGGGGUCAUUGACCAAUCGAUGGUCGGUGAUCCAAAAAUGCACAAAUAAAUUUUGUGCUGCUGUGGCUCAAGUAGAAUCUUUGCAUCCAAGUGGUGCGACAGAGCAGGAUAAGAUUGAAAGAACUAAAAUCAUGUAUAGAGAAACUGAGAAGGCCACAUACAACAUGGAACAUUGUUGGUGUCUAUUGAGACACCAACCAAAAUGGCAACAACACGUGUCCAUGUUGUCUACGAGAAGGAAACCACCUGGAAAACGCCAUGCUAUGGCGGAGUCGACUCCAUUAGGAGACGACGCGAUAGAUGACAACGUAGAGGUCUUUUUGGAGAGACCUCCAGGUAAGAAGGCUGAGAAAGAAAGGGAGAGAAAAAUGAAGGCUGCAGAAUCAUAUGAUUCAGAAUUUGUUGAGGCCUUAAAUUGCAUGACAAAUGAUAGAGUUGUCUUUAUGUCUGAAAGAAUGCAAGUGGCCAAUAAAUUGGAUGCUGAUAGGGCUCAAUUACUAGCGGAGAAAAAAAGGAGAAAUGAUACGGAGAAUAGGAAGAUCGAUAUGGAGAUAAUGAAAAUGGAUCUUGCUGGCAUGAAUGGAAUGCAAUGA